AAAAUGAGAACAACUACAUAAUAUAAACCUGAUUGUUGUUAUUCAGGUUGAACUUUGUGGUGGUGUAUGCAAACAAACAAACAAAACAAAACAAAACAAAACCAAAAAUCGUAUUUUCAUCGUUUUUCAUUCAUCGUAAUUUUAAUGAUCGAAAAUCUAUAGAAUUAUCAUGUUGCCAUUCAAAAUGAAUCCAUACCAUUUAAGUCGUUAUAUAAAAUUUUCAUUGAUCAUCACAAUAUUCUUGUUCCUAUUAUAUACGGUGAUUGAAUUAUUGAUUAUAAAACAAUAUUAUAUCCGACGUUAUGUUGAAUUACAUUAUCAAUAUGAAAAUAAUUUACAUUCAAUUAGUAAUGAUGUCCAUUAUCAUCAUCAUCAUGAUGAUGAUGAUGAAGGAAUUCUCAUACCAACAAAUGUGGAUGAAGAAAUUCCCAUCGAAGAAAUGAUAAUACCGAUUAACACUACUGAUAAUACUGUGGUAGCUGCUGGAAAUCAAACAACAAAACAACAACAACGUAUGCCGAAAGCUGAAGCACAAAUUCUACCUGAUGAUAUUCCAGAUGAAUCAUUUGAAAAUCCAAAUCUAACAAUGGAAUCAGAUAUGACACAUUCCUUUGGCGAUACAACAGUGAAUAAUAAUCAAGUUAAAGUAUUAUCCAUGACAAUUGUGGCCGGAAUUAUUCUCGUUGAAAUUCUUUACUGUGUAAUAUAUGUUUACAUUAUUGAACAGGAACGUUUUUGUCCCAUUUUUUGUUUUGCCAUACUAACAUUUGUAUCAUUAUUAUUACGUUUACGGCAAUUUAUUUUCGAAAAUAAUGACGAAUUUGAAUGGUUUAAAUAUCGUUCCCUUACGAAUGCAGAACGUUUUCAUCAUGAAAUCAAAAAAAUGGAUGCUGAACAAUUAUUAGAUUGGAUGACAAAAACCGAUCUAAUCGAAGUUAUUAUUAGUUUUAUUGAAACCAUAUUGGUAUUUAUUUACACAUUAUUAUUACGACGAUAUCCAGCUAGAAUUCAUGGACAUCCAUAUGUUCAAUAUCAACAACAACAACAACAACAACAACAACAAUUGAAUGGUCAACAAAAUAAUCAUCAUCCUGUUGAUCAUGUUCGAAUCAUACCAAAUGGUCAUGCAAUCGAAAUGAAUGAAUUGUCCAAUACAGACGGAACUGAUACAUCGAUGAAUGAUCAACGACAAAUAAAUGUUGAUAAUAAUAAUGAUGAUGAUGAUAAUGGUAAUCAACGAUUAUUGUCAACAAAUGGCCAGAAUGAUCAUAGUAAUCGUAUUGCAACAACAAUUGUGAUGAGCCAAAGUUGUGCUCGAAAUUCAUUGAUUCCAUGAAUCUAUUUCUUUCAACAUUCCGUUUCUAACAAGAAUCUUUGAAUCUUAUUUACUCCCACAUUUAUUGUAAAUUUUAGUCACAUUUUAUCCACUUUAGCUUUCAACAAUUGUUUUCGUUUGUUUUGUUUUUUUUUUGUUUUUUUUUUUGAAUUUUUUCCCCAAUAAAAUGACUAUAUUCCCGCCACCUAUUGGCAAAUAAUAGAAAA